AUGAAUACGUGGGGAGGAGAGCAAGUUGCCGUGCAAAAUGGGAUGCAUGGUAAACCUCCAAUGAUGCAAAAUAUGAUGCCACCUCCACUCGUACCUGGGGCACAGAUGCAGUUUACACCACCAGUUGGCAACAUAUCCCAGCCCCAGUUCAUAGGUUCUGCACAAUGUGGCAAUAUUACUGCCGAAAUAAUAGCCAUUGAGGGCAGUCCGCCGAAAAAAAAGAGCAAUGGGCAGGCAUCAACGAAGUACCACGAACCAAGAAUUCAUCCGCACAACCACUCCACACCACCACGUGACAGAGAUCACAGAAACUGGAACAACCGGGACAGGCAAACAAAUUGGGAAAACAAUAAUGGGAUGAAGCCUCAACCAGUCUUACAAACUCAUAAUAAUAUCAUGAUGCCAGGCUUAUUGUUGCCAAUCAGCAAUAUAAUACCGCCAUUGCAGACUCCACUUAUGAAUCAGCAGAUAGACAUGACUAAGAUGCAGCAAAUGAUACCAGGCUUGGUGCCAAAAAUGCUACUAAUAAACCAAAAAAUGCAGAUGAACAAUCAGCGAAUUUGCUUUAAUAAAGGGGCUAUCCUUCCCCCUCCGCCUAAUAUUGUGAUGCCACAGAAACGAGAAAGACCUCCUGGAUGCCGUACACUCAUUGUGGGAGGCUUACCUACGGGGAUCACAAAUGAUUCAGUCACUGAGAUAUUCCAACUUUUCGGCACAGUCGAGGAAGUGAAACCUGUCGGGCAAGAAAUCUGGCAGGUGCGGUUCGAUAAUCCUGAUAGUAUAGAACCGUCUUUCAUAUUGUCCGGGUGCCGCAUUAAAUUGCAUGGCCAAAUGGAUUGUGAAGCGCUGAGUCUUUUCAUUGAUUAUGCUGUUAACCGUGACGAUCAAAUUGAGUAUGAGAAGAACACAGGUAAUCAUAAUUAUCUGCCCAGCCCUACUGUAGAGCCAUUUAAUGACAAUACAUUGAGUAUUGUUACAGGACAUAUCAAAAGUGACGCCAGGUUUUCCGAGGCCGCUCCAGUUCUGGUAGCUUGGCUGGAGCAUGGUGAAUGUAACAAGAAAAAUUCAAACACGUUUUAUGCUUUAAUACAAGCAAGUAACGAUCAGCUCCGACGCCUAUUCACGGAGAAGACGCAGCUAGAUGAAGAGUACGAAAACUUAAAGUCUGAAAUCAAGGACAAAUUCGGACAUAUUAUUAUGCAAUUCGAGCAGGUAGCGAAAAUUCUGGCGACUGCAAGACUUCCGCGGGUCAUUGAGCAUUUUUCCAAGCAGCAACGCAAGAACAUCGACAUGUGGCUCAAGAUGACAGAGGAUAUUGACAACAUUCGGGAAGAGUUCAAUGUUCUAUUUGAAGAAGAUGAAAAAACUACGGUCUCUAUGGACAAAUAUAGAAAAGUGAAAGCUGAAAAUGACAAACUUCAAAUAGAGCUAGAGGGUUACAAGAACGAAGCUCAGUUGGCGAAAACCGAAGCGGAACAUAGGCUCGAGAAGUUCAAAGCGUGCUUCAUUGCCGAACAAGCCCUGCAGUUGAGCAAAAAGCUCAGUAGCUUGCCGCUCCCAUCGCCAUCGAUACCGGACGUCAAUCUAGAUUCGUCCAAGCCACAGACACCGACACCGAAUGACGUCACUUCCUCUGCAACUGUUAACGCCUCAGAAGCCAAGCUUAUCAGUCUACUGUCAGCUUUCCUGGUAGUGCAUCCUCUAGGCGCCACCCUGGACUACCUAGUUUCUUAUAUUAAGUCUAUGCACUCAAAUGUAACUCAAGUAUCAGUUCUGGAUGUCCUACAAAAAUAUACUGAUGUCUUCCGAUGCAAAACCAACGGCGUCAACACGAGUAUUGAACCUGUGUGGUUUUUUAAGAUUUAUGAUAGUGUUAAAAUGACGUAG